AUGGUAAACUGGAAGAGCCCCGAGAGCACCGACCGUCUCAUCGCGGCUUUGCUCGCAACCCACCAAGGCAUCAAGCUCGACUACCACGCCAUGGCCCUCUUAUUCGACCAAGGAGCGACCUUCGACGCACUGGAAGCCCGAUUCCGCCGCUACCGCAAGAUGGCCGACGAGCUGAAAGCCGACGCCUACAAUCGCGGCAUCACCGACAUCCCACAUAAUGUCGGACGCAACAUUUCCGUAUCCGGUGGAAACGGAAAUACAACUCCCAGAACACCCCGAGGCGCACGCGGCGGCAUCACCUCAAGCAUAAACACGCCUUCGUCGUCCAGCAAGCGCAAGAGGGGCACUCAACAGGCCCAAACCCCCACGAAGCAGAAGAAGAACAAGCUUGGUAUGUCUCUCAUGGAUGCAAUCUACGUUGAAGACGCCGACCCGGAUGAAGAAUUUAAUGUCAAACUCAAAUUCGUGGGUUCUCCUUCUGGCGGAGAAGAUGACGAUGUCGUUGUUGUUGAUGCUCCUCUUGCUUCUGCGGCUUCUAUAUCCAAAAUCAAAAGGGAGAAGUUUGAGCGCAAUACGCCCGGUUUCGCCUUUGCUAAGAAAGAAGAAGAGAAAAAAGACACGGCAUUUGGUAUUAGUGCGACGGCUGCUAGGCGCGGUAUCCGCAAUCAUGACAGCGCAGCUCAUUAUUCUGCCGGGGUGGAGGAGGAUCCAUUCGGCAUGGCUGGGGGUUAUACUAGUAGUUUCUUUGAUCACGUCAAAGCUGACUAUGAUAUUGGUAAUGUUUAUGGCGGGGAGGCUUGA